AUGUCGAUCCACUUGCUCUGCUCCGUCAACUCGAGGAAUCAAUGGAGACUCUUAAGUCGGAGCAAAAGUCGAUGAUAAGCGAACGUAGCGAGGAUACUGAGAACGGAGACGAAGGCGGCGAGGAUGACGAAGAUGAAAAGGACGAAGAAGAUGGCGAAGGAAAAGCGGAAGGUUCGAAAGAAGCGGACACUGGAGAACCGAAAGAUACAGAUACGGAAGAAUCGAAAGAUGAAGGUGGUCGGGGUGAUAAGAGGAAUGUCUCGUUUGAUCCGAACUUCGUUCCGCCGCCAGAAGAACAGCAUAAAUAUGUUUUGAAAAAAAAAAUGAUGGAGAAAGUUCGGAAAACACCCAUCCUCCAUAUAAUAUGCGGCGAAGUCGACGGCAGCAGACCUGAUUUACAGGACGUAACGUUGUUCUAUUUUCUAAGAACCACCGACGAGGGUGUACCAAACUUCGAUUCGUACGCCGAGUGUCAGGAGCUGAUCACGAAUUAUUUAGUAGUCGGAUCGCUGCAGGGAAGAUUUCUGGUUUCUUUGAACAGAAUGCUCGUCGAAGUAUUUAAACCGUUGGUGGAAACUCAAUUUAGAGGGCCGAGGUUCGUAGAACAAAUAAGAGAAGAAGAAGAAGAGGUGGAGGAACCUACCCUAACAGACAUCAUAGCAACUCGAUUUAUUUUAUAUAAUUUUUCCAUUGGUAAACAGAGUGCAGUCUUUAGAAGACCCUCGGAAUUUCGCAGGAUGUCCAUCGUGCUGGCGAAACAAGAAGACGACGAAGAAGACGACGAAGAAGACGCAACUUCUCCAACUCAGAAGCUGACGGAACUCGAGGCCAGAACGAAAUCGAGACCUCUCAAAUUUUCCACGAUAAGUAUCGAGAAAAGAAAAAGUAGAAUCUCCAGUUUGAAAGAUCAAGAGAAACGUACUGUUGAUCAGAAUAAGAUCGAUAUUCUGUCUUAUUUGGAUAAAUUAAUACGCAACGUUGAGUGGACAUUGGAGCACAUAGAAGGUGAUAUUCUGUUAACUAUGCCCAACAUCCCAGAACUCGACGACCCAGACGUUACCGAGGAGAUGUUAGAAAAAAACGAACUGGUCAUCGAAGAACUUGAGACCGUGCUUAUGUCUUGGGGAGUGCAUAUAGAAAAAGUUCUGGAAUCGUUCCAAACGAAAGUGCCACAGGGUCGAGGGCCAUUGGCCGAAUGUGAUUACUGGCAAGAUCGCGAAAUGGGACUGCUAAUGCUGGUCGAACAAUUGAAAACUCCCAUGGCGAAAAGAAUUAUGAAUUUAUUAACCAAAGUGCUCUCGCCUAUCAUCUCGAAUUUCGAAUACUUUUACUCGGACUUGUGGAAAUUCUACUCAAACGCCAGGGAUAAUAAUCGAUUCCUGCAGACUGUCACGCGACACUUCAAGAUAAUGACAGAGUCGGAUAACUUUAAACUGAUCAAUCAAUCGAUUAUGCCACUAACCGAGGGAUUAAGAAUGAUUUGGAUCCUCUCUAGCUAUUACUCAAACGAGGAGAAGAUGAUGGGUCUGUUGGAAAGAAUUUCGUGGCAACUCUGUCAAAGCGUUAUACAGCAUUUAAGCAUCAACGAUUUGUUCAAGCAGCCUUUGGAAGUGAUACUGCAGAAAACAGAACAAGCUUCCUCGAUGUUGAAAAACUGGAAAUUUUCGUACUUGAAGAAUCGAGAAGACAUUGAAAUUUCUGGCAAAGGAAUGCGCUGGGAGUUUGACCAGAAACGAUUAUUUAAAGGAACCGAGUACAUAGCAUCGGUUUGCGACGGUUUCAAUCAAGUAGCGAGCGUACUGCAGGAUUUUCAUAACAUUUUUGGACCAAAUUUAAAAUCUAUAAUCUCCGACCCGGCUCAAAUUGACACCAUAAUAAAGAGAGUCGACAGAUUGAUCGUUCCAUUUUUGGAGGCUGACUUCAAUAUCUUUGACGAGUUCAAUAAAGACAACUGGGAAGCGACGAUGACUUUGUUCUACGAAGAAGUUCACUUCUUGGAGAACGAAGCCAAGUUCUUCAUCGACGAGUGCUUUAUGGCGUUAGUUAGCGCGGAGCACGCGCUCGAGAUGUUGAUAAUGUUUAAAGAGAUGAAAACUAGAGCCACAGUUCAUCAACAGUUAAUGAGAAAAUUCGAUGUCAUCAUGCAGCAAUUUAGCAAAGAAGUCAGCAUUGUCGAAGGAAUAUUUAAUAGAGGGAAACGGUAUCCUCCUCUAUUAACGUAUCACCCACCGAUGGCUGGUGCUAUAUACUGGGUGAGACAAUUGUUUCACCGCUUACGAAGACCCGUGCUGAUCCUUCAAAACGUUCCAGAAUUGAAGCACAGCAAAUUAAAGAUUCUAGCUUUCAGCCAGUACUACGAAGUAGCCAAACAGAUGAAAGCAUUUGAAGAGUCGAAGUUCAACACGUGGGCGGAUAAUGCUCAAUUUAUAGUAAUAAACACGAUGAAGAGGAGUAUCCUGAGGAUGAUACGAUCUCAGCCAGACAAAAGUGCCUUAACAUUUCCUGAAGUCGAGAAAACAGUAAGCGUGAAAAACGUCCAGACAAUUCAUAUGUCAAAGAAAGCAAGAAAUAAAGAUUUCGUAUCCCCCGGAUCAGUUACUCCUCAAGGAUCGGUUCAAAAAGCUGAACCUGUUCUGUCCAAACCGAGCAUUGAGACAGGUAGUUCUGCGGGUACUAAAUUACAAAUUAAAGGGGACACGAAGCAUGAGACCAAAGCGUCGCUCCCGUCUCACAGAGAUCAAAAAUCGACAACGACUGCCUCGGAGAAGCAUGUUCCUGCUCCUCAGGGAACAAAAAUUACUUGGACAGAAUUUAUGAGUGGAUCGAUUCUCGUCGAAUGCCGUCUCCGUUUCGAAGUGAACUUCGAUGCCAAAGUAUUCGAGAUCAUACACGAGGCUGAAUUGAUGGAGCAAUUAGGUUUUGAAUUAUCUCCCAUGGUGAAGGAUGCCAGUAUCCAGAAAAAUCGAUUAAGGAACGAUCUCGAGAUGAUGGAAAGAGUGAUCGACCGAUACAAUAGGAUGAUCGAUAAAAUGGACAAAGCAGACAUACAAUUGAUGAAGAACAGCUUGGUAGAAGUCGAAAAAUACAUUCAACCGGGAGUAAUGCGUUUCAAUUGGAAUUCUUUAAACAUUUCGGAUUAUGCUCAAAGUUGUGACAAACUGUUGAAAAACCUAAGCUCGAUCGUGGACCAGGUGAAUCAUAUGAAGGCGGAUCUGGAUAACAGAAUAAACAAUGAAAUGCAAACGUACAAUCUCUUUUCUCUGUGGCCAGAAUUGGGCGAGAGCACGGAACUUCUGCAAUGCAAGACCUAUUUCCAAGAAAUACAAAACCGACGAACUCAAUUAGUCACUGCGAUGACUACGAUAUAUGAAUCAACAGGCCCAGUACUGAUCAAAAUAGAAAGUUUGGUGCUGAGAACAUACACGGGUAAAAGUCCGUCCAUGCAACUUUUCUAUGAGAAAUAUGAAAAAAAGAUAUUUUCUGCUUUCGUAACGUGCAUGAUCCAGAAUUUAGAAUGCUUCAACAGGAGAUUAAUGGGGAAUAAACCAAUGUUUCAAGUGGAUGCUGUGUUAAUAGCUUCUGAGGCAGUUCUAAGGCCGUCGCCGGGUGAAAUUUACACCGUCAUUUUACAAAAUUUGAAAAAUUUGCUGGAAGAGUUGAAAUUGUUUCCUAGGUGGCUGAACGGGUCUUGCUUGGAAAGCAAACCGCAAAGAAAGAGAGAAACUGAUACUUACGUUUCAUUCACCUUCUUCGAAGAUGUCAUGAGCAUUCAAGAAGUGAAUGAUAUUAUACUAAUGGUUCAAAGGUCGGCGCAUAAAAUAGCGCUCGAAUGUUGGCAUUAUCUGCAUAGAUGGAAGAAGUACAGUAAUCUCUGGUCAUUCGAUAAAAAUUUGGCCGCUGAGAAAUACGCGGCGAACGAGCCAACCCUCUUCCAGUACGAUGAGAAAUUCACAUUUUAUGAUAACAUACUCGAGGAGGUGUCCGAGAUGGCGUCGUAUCAUGAUUUAUUUUGCGUACGCAUCAAUCUGAAUCCCCUGCUGACCGGUAUUACACAACACGCUACGGAAUGGAAACAAGUACUUGGAAACUUCCUCCUGGCCCAAACAGCUCACGGGAUGAACGAAAUGAAUUUGUUAAUCGAAAGCUUCAGAAGCGAAGUCGAACUCGUAAUCACUGGAUUGGAUCGUUUCACAUCUGUCAUGCAGGCGAUAGCUGAUAUAAAGAGAACAGCAAUUCAAGCAGAAGUCCGGUACACCACCUAUCAGGAAACAUUUCGAACGUUUCGAGGUCACGAAAUAUCAUUCCCUGAAGAAGAUGAGCAAAUGGCUUACAAUCUACAACGCGAUUGGGAAUCUUUGUACCUGGGUGCAUUGUACAGAGCUUCGACACUGGCAACUACUUCUGACAGAUUUUCAGACAUGACGCAGGAGCAGAUAAAUACAUUCGUCGACGAACUUGAAGAAUUUCGACAAGAUUUCGAGGCCAACGGUCCUGGCAGCGUUGGAGAUGACCUUGAACUUGGACUGAAGAAAAUGGAGGAAUAUGGGAAACUGAUAACGAAGCUCGAGGAGAGACGCCUCAGUUUAAUCAACUCGGAGAUACUGUUCGAUUUACCAGCCACGGAUUACUCGAGCUUCCUCAAAGUGAAGAAGGACUAUGAGGGAAUGGAGCUGUUGUAUCAAUUGUAUAAAGAACAAAUCAGCGCGAGAGACAUUUGGGCGCAAACUCUCUGGGUAAACCUGAAUCCUCAACAACUGAUUGAUGGAAUGGAUCAUUUCAUCAGAGAAUUUCGCAAAUUUCCGAAAAACGUUAAAAGUAUGAGCAUUGGACAAGCAUUGGAAGCGAACAUGAGGAGUUUCAAAAAUUCCGUCCCGUUGUUUAUUGAACUGAAGAACGAGGCAAUGAGAGAAAGACAUUGGAAACAAUUAAUGGAAAAGACUGGACAAUAUUUUGACAUGGACCCGGAUAGGUUUACUCUAGAGAACAUGUUCGCUAUGGAGCUAGGAAAGUAUCAAGAAAUAGCUAAAGUAAUUGUGACGAACGCCGUGAAAGAGCUUGCCAUAGAGAGAGGCUUGAAAGAACUGACCGAAGUCUGGAAAAAUUUGGAAUUCACUGUAGUUAAACAUUAUAAAGGCAUCGAAGAUCGUGGAUUCAUUUUGGGACCGGUGGACGAGCUAAAUCAAAUUCUAGAGGACAAUAUGAUGAACGUAAACGGGAUGGCAGCUUCGCAGUUCAUCGGUCCCUUUCUCGACACAGUACAAAAGUGGGAAAUCACGAUGCACAUGAUCUCCGAAGUUCUGGAAUUGUGGGUACAGCUACAGAAGAGGUGGCUAUACCUCGAAGGUAUCUUCGUGGGCGGCGACAUAAGAAUGCAAUUACCAGAUGAAGCGAAGAAGUUUGACGAAAUAGACAAGUCUUUUAGAAAGAUCAUGGUAGACACUUCGAAGAGAUUGAAUGUGCUCGAGUGUUGCACGAUCAAAGGUCGACAGGAAGAGUUCGAGUCGAUGGUCGUCGGAUUGGAUCGAUGCCAGAAGUCCCUGUCGGACUAUUUGAACAGCAAACGAGCGAUAUUCCCGCGAUUCACCUUCCUCAGCGACGAUGAAUUGCUGAGUAUACUUGGCAGCGGUUUGCCAGUCGCUAUUCAGGAACACGUGGGUAAAAUGUUCGACAAUCUAGACAAGUUCUGUUUCACACUGAACAAUACCGAGCGGGUGGUAGCCACCGCGUUGAUUUCGUCCGAGAAAGAAGUGAUGGAAUUCCGACAAGUAGUCCUCGCUGAAGGAAAGAUCGAGGAAUGGAUGGUGUUCGCUUUGGAAGAGAUGAAGAGUUCGAAUCGCUACUUGACCAAGAAAGCUGUCUAUAAUUAUGGAAAAGUCAGGAGACCGAGAACAGAAUGGAUGCUAGAUUUCCAGGGAAUGAUGAUCCUGGCGGCCGAUCAAAUAUGGUGGACAGCGGAGGUGGAGAAUGUUUUCGUGAAAAUAUCUCAGGGAGAGAUGCGCGCAAUGAAAGAGUACUUAAAACAACUUAAUAAUCAACUAAACGAAGUGGUGACCCUAAUGGGUGGCGAUACGUUAACGAAUAACGACCGAAAAAAGUUCGAUAUGGUAUUGACGAUCGAUGUUCAUAUGAGAGACAUUAUUGAAAUUUUUGUCAGAGACAGCAUUAUGGACCCCGCGGAAUUCGAGUGGGAAAGCCAAUUAAGGUUUUAUUGGGUUCACGACCUGGACAAUCUUUGGGUGUACCAGUGUACGGGAAUGUUUGAGUACGGUUACGAAUACAUGGGUCUUAAUGGCAGACUCGUAGUCACGCCUUUAACGGACAGAAUAUACCUGACCAUUACGCAAGCCCUGUCAAUGCACCUGGGCGGUGCCCCGGCAGGUCCCGCUGGAACAGGAAAGACAGAAACGACGAAAGACUUGGCAAAAGCUUUCGGGUUGCUCUGCAUUGUGACAAAUUGUGGCGAAGGAAUGGAUUACGUGGCGAUCGGGAAAACUUUGAGCGGACUGGCGCAGUGUGGUGCCUGGGGAUGUUUCGACGAAUUUAAUCGCAUCGAUAUUUCCGUUCUGUCUGUUAUUUCUACGCAACUACAAACUAUACGCUCCGCUUUGAUGGCAAAGGCUUCCAGAUUUAUGUUCGAAGGUCAUGACAUAGUGCUCGACUCGAAAGUAGGCAUAUUCAUCACGAUGAAUCCGGGAUACGCCGGUCGAACCGAGCUUCCCGAAUCGGUGAAGGCUCUCUUCCGACCGGUGGUCUGCAUAGUUCCAGACAACGAGCUCAUCUGUCAAAUAAAGCUAUUCAGCUCUGGCUUCCUGACUGCAAAGGUUCUCGCUAAAAAAAUGACGGUAUUGUACAAACUGGCGCGGGAGCAACUGAGCAAACAGAACCAUUACGACUUUGGCCUAAGAGCACUCAAGUCUGUGCUCAAUAUGGCUGGUCAAUUGAAAAGGACAUCCGGCGAUCUGGCCGAGGAUGUGGUGCUCAUGAGGGCGCUCAGGGACAUGAAUCUGCCCAAGUUUAUUUUCGAUGACGUCCCGCUGUUCUUGGGACUGAUCGGUGAUCUGUUUCCGGACCUCGAUUGCCCCAGGGUUCAUUACCCAGAUUUUAACGAAGCAGUUAAUCAUGUAUUAGAAGAACAAGGAUAUACCUUGCUACCAAUCCAGAUCGAUAAAGUCGUCCAGUUGUACGAAGUGAUGAUGACCAGACAUUCGACGAUGGUAGUUGGACCAACAGGAGGCGGCAAAUCUGUCGUUAUAAACACUUUGUGCAAAGCACAAAUUCGUCUCAAUACACCAACGAAACUAUACACGCUAAAUCCGAAGGCAUGUACAGUGAAUGAACUCUAUGGCGUUUUGGAUCCGGUAACUCGCGAUUGGACCGAUGGACUUUUCAGCAACAUAUUUCGGGAAGUUAAUAGACCUUUGGAUAACGAAAAGAAAGAGAGAAAAUACAUUUUGUUCGAUGGCGACGUAGAUCCUCAAUGGAUCGAGAACAUGAAUUCCGUGAUGGAUGAUAAUAAAUUACUGACAUUGGCGAACCAGGAGAGGAUCAAGAUGCAGAAUCAUUGCAGCCUGUUGUUCGAGGUAGGUGACCUGCAGUACGCUUCGCCUGCCACUGUAUCCAGAGCCGGCAUGGUGUACGUAGACCCAAAGAACCUGGGCUAUCAGCCUUACAUGGACAGAUGGAUCCGAGGCAAAAGCGAAUCGGAUCACGAGUUAUUGAGCGGAAUGUGCGAGAAAUACGUGCACGGCUCGAUCGCACUCAUUAUAGAAGGAAUGCUGGGACUGCAGCAGAUCAAGCCUCUUAAAAUGAUCAUACCACAAACUGGACUCAACAUGGUAGUGCAACUCUGUCACGUGUUCGAUGGUCUACUUUCAAUUCUGGAGACAAAACCAGUGAUCACUGCUAAAACUGAGGAAGACGAAGAUAAAGAAUUAACAAUGGAACCCGCAUUCAGCAGAGAAGAAAUACUUGAAGCAAUGUACAUACUAGCUUGCUUUUGGUCUUUGGGUGCUUCUUUGGUCAUCGAAAACCGGUCUGACUACGACGAAUUUAUGAAAAAGAAUUGCGGAUUCAUGCUCGUUCAGGACACUGUUGAGAAACCAGCUACUGUGCGAUACAUCCCCGUAACGGAUAAAUUGCUAUAUGAUUACUUCUUGGAUUUGGAAAAGAAUAUUUGGGUGCCAUGGAGACUUGUGAUUCCAGCUUACGUGCACGACAGAGAAAAACGUUUCUCAGAAAUUUUGGUUCCUACCAUAGACACCCUCAGAACCACGUGGUUCAUCGAAAUGAUGAACGGACGAAAUCGCCCGGCACUUCUCGUUGGCGAGACCGGCACAUCGAAAACGGCCAUAAUUCACGAAUUUCUUCGAAAUCUGAGCUCCGAAAAAUACAAUCAACUUCUAAUCAAUUUUUCGUCGAGAACGACUUCGAUGGAUGUACAGAGAAAUAUAGAAGCUGUCGUCGAGAAAAGAACGAGGGAGAUUUAUGGUCCACCGCCUGGCAAAAAAUUGUUAGUCUUCAUCGACGACAUGAACAUGCCUCUGGUUGACACUUAUGGCACACAACAGCCUAUCGCACUUCUUAAGUUUCUAUUUGAGAAAGGUGGAUUUUACGAUCGUGAAAAGGAUCUAUCUUUGAAAUACAUGGACGACAUGUGCUAUUUAGCAGCCAUGGGAAAACCUGGCGGAGGAAGGAACGAGGUGGAUCCUAGGUUCAUCUCCAUGUUUUCUGUAUACAACGUAAUAUUCCCGGCUGAUGAAACUCUUAAUUAUAUCUACAAAUGUAUACUGGGUGGACAUCUAGAAAUAUUCGCAGAAGAAGUGCAAGAAAUCUUGGAAACCUUGGUUAACAUAACUCUGGAUCUUUAUCAGAAAGUAACCGCAGUGCUAUUACCGACGCCGAAUAGGUUCCAUUACGUUUUCAACAUGCGAGAUUUGUCGAGGAUCACGGCUGGAUUACUUCAGAGUCACCCUGACUAUCUGUCGACAGUGAAACAGAUUAUCAGACUUUGGAGGAACGAGUUUAUCAGAGUCAUAUGUGAUCGUCUGAUAAACGAGGAGGACGAGAAAGUUGUGAUGGAUUACAUAAAGGAGAAGAUUGACGAGGUCUGGGAAGAGGACCCUGAAUUGAUAGAAUACGUGAUGAGGGAUCCCCUAUUGUUCGGCGAUUUCAGGAAUGCAAUUAACGAAGACGAACCACGAUUCUACGAAGAUUUGUUGGAUUACGAAGCUGUCUAUACUUUGUUCUUAGAGAUAUACGAGGACUACAACGACAGGAACGUGACCAAAUUGCAAAUGGUUCUCUUCAACGACGCGCUCGAGCAUUUGACUAGAGUACACCGAGCGCUUAGGAUGCACAGAGGCCACGUGCUAAUGAUCGGUAUCGGCGGAAGCGGGAAAAAGUCUGUGAUUAAAUUGUCAGCCUUCGCAGCUGGCUAUCGGACCUUCGAAAUUAGUCUGUCUCGAGGCUACAACGAGGCUACUUUUCGCGAAGAUAUGAAAAAUCUGUACAAUAUGGUCGGUGUGGAAGAUGAAAAAAUCGUUUUCCUUUUCACUGCGGCUAAUAUCAUUGACGAGAGUUUCUUAGAGCUGGUGAACAACAUGCUGAUGACUGGCGUGGUACCGUCAUUAUUUACCGACGAGGACAAGGAGGAAAUCAUUAAUAAUUGUAGAGAUCAGGCGGUGGAGGCUGGCUUCGGAAUUACCAAAGAAAAUGUAUGGUCGUAUUUCGUGAAGACGAGUCUCGAGAAUUUACGAAUUGCCCUAUCGAUGAGCCCCGAGGGAGAUUUAUUGAGGACGAGAUGUCGCAGUUACCCUGGAUUGGUGAACAGUACCACCAUAGAUUGGAUGUUCCCUUGGCCUGAACAGGCUUUGGUAGCAGUGGCUAACGUCACUCUCAGAGAUAAUCCGAACGUGCCACAAGAUUACAGAGAAGUGAUAGUAGAGCACAUGGUGUUCGUGCAUAAAACUGUCUGCGACUAUACAGUGGAAUUUCAACUAAAACUGCGAAGAAGAAACUACGUAACACCUAAACAUUACCUAGACUUUAUGACCACGUACCUGGCACUUUUAGUGGACACAAAGCAUUACAUAAAUUCGCAGUGCGAUCGACUUUCUGGAGGUCUACAGAAGAUCGCAGAGGCUUCCUUGACGCUGAACGAGUUAAAUGAGAUUCUAGCCGUGCAGAGAGUGAAAGUGGCGGAUCAAACGAGAAAUUGCGAGCAGUUGCUAUUCUCCAUAGAAGAAAGUGCAAACAUCGCAAUGGAGAAGAAAGAGUUGAGCGAGCAAGAAAGAAUAAAUAUAAAGGAAAAGAGGAAAAUCAUUAACAAAGAGCAAUCAGAAGCAAAACAGGCAUUGGAUGAAGCGCAACCCGCCUUGGACUCGGCUAAGGCAGCACUUGCAGAAUUAGAUAAAGCAGACAUCACCGAAAUAAGAUCUUUCGCAACUCCUCCUGAAGCUGUCCAAAUUGUCUCAGAAUGCGUGGCAAUACUACGUGGCGUCAAAGAUAUCUCUUGGAAGGGUGCGAAGGGGAUGAUGAGCGACCCAGCGUUCUUAAGACUGCUGCAAGAGAUGAACUGCGAGAAAAUCACGCUCAAGCAGCAACAAGCAGUCAGAGCGCAUUUAAAGAAAUCCACUAAAUUGGAUCAAAUGCAGUUCAUCAGCAGGGCUGGGUUCGGAUUGUAUAAAUUCGUAUUAGCUGUGCUCGAUUACUGCGCCGUUUACAGAGAGGUAAAACCAAAGAUAGAGAGAGUUAAAGAGCUGGAAGCGGAAUCUGAACAAGCUCGAAAAGACUUGGAAAAAGAAGAACGAGAAUUGAAAAAAAUCGAAAAAACGAUAGGAGAGUUGAACGUAAAAUAUGAGAGCGCUAUGGCGGAAAGACAGAAGUUGCAGGAAGAAACGGAUUUACUUCAGAGGCGUCUAAUAGCUGCUGAUAAGCUGAUAAACGGAUUGUCCUCUGAGAAUGAAAGAUGGAGAAAGGAAUUGGAGAAUCUUCAGGGGCAGAUAGAGAAGAUUACUGGGAACUGUUUGCUCUCUGCUGGAUUCCUUGCUUAUUGUGGGCCGUUCUCAUACGAGUACAGAAAUCAGAUGUUGUACAAGGAUUGGUGGAACAGUAUAGUGGAAAAACAGAUUCCUUUCACCGAUACAUUCAAAAUUGAGACGGAGCUGAGCAAUGAUGUUGAAAUUAGCACGUGGACGUCCGAAAGUUUGCCACCAGAUGAAUUAUCCGUGCAAAACGGUAUACUCACGAUGAGAGCAUCGAGAUUCCCAAUUUGUAUCGAUCCUCAACAACAAGCUCUAAAUUGGAUUAAGAAAAAAGAACAGAAGAACUUGAAGAUCCUUUCGUUCACGGACACAGAUUAUUUGAAGCAAGUGGAACUGGCAAUAAAGUAUGGUCUGCCAGUCUUAUUUCAAGACGUCGACGAAGUGGAUCCUGUUUUAGGCAAUGUUCUAUCGAAGAAUGUACAAACUGCCGCAGGUAGAGUGUUCAUUCUACUUGGCGAUAAGGAAGUCGAUUACGAUCCGAGAUUCCGAAUGUAUCUUACCACGAAGAUGUCCAAUCCCAUAUUCGAUCCUGCCUUAUACGCCAAAGCGACUGUUAUUAAUUACAUGGUUACCACAGGGGGACUGGAAGAUCAAUUGUUGUCGGUGGUCGUCCGGAUAGAAAGACCGGAUGUCGAAGAGCAACGCGAGAGCCUAAUCGCUGAGACCAGCGAGAACAAGAAUCUUCUUCAGGAAUUAGAAAAUAGUUUACUUCGUGAAAUCGCGACAAACGUGGGCAACAUGCUGGACAACAUCGAGCUGAUCGAAACUCUCGAAAACACGAAAUCUAGCGCGAACGAGGUGAUGAGAAAACUGUACCUCGCGGAAGUGACGGCUGCCGACGUGAACAAACUUCGGGACGGGUAUCGGUCGGUGGCGAAGAGAGGAGCGAUACUCUUCUUCGUUUUGGCAGACAUGGCGAUGGUCAAUUCGAUGUAUCAAUACUCGUUGAACAGUUACGUGGAGGUGUUUAUUUAUUCGCUGAGAAAAGCGCUGCCAGAUCCGACGUUGAACCGUCGUCUUCAGAACAUCAUACCGAUGCUGACGAAAAAUGUUUACGAUUACGGGUGCACGGGAAUUUUCGAAAGGCACAAAUUGUUGUUCUCGUUUCAAAUCUGCACGAAGUUAGAGCAGAGCGAGGGGCACGUCAGUCAGAAGGAACUGGAUUUCUUCAUCAAAGGAUCUAUCGCCUUAGAGAAAGCAGCUAAAAUCAAUCCUACGGAAUGGUUGCCCGCGGCUGGGUGGACGGAUUUGUUGAAGUUGAGCACUGAUUUCCCAGAUAAAUUCGUAAUGCUUCCGGAAGAAUUGGCCGCGCAAACGGCCGAAUGGCAAGCAUGGUACGACAUGGACGCUCCGGAAGCCGAAAACUUUCCUUUGAAUUACUCGGACAAAUUGAACCCAUUCGAAAAGCUGAUGCUAAUACGCUGCUUCCGCGUCGACAGAGUUUAUCGAAGCAUCAUCGAUUACAUUAGCGAAAUUAUGGGAGAAGAAUACAUCACUCCGCCCCAUAUUAGCUUCGAUUCAAUUUUCGAGCAAAGUACACCGACGAUGCCUGUCGUCUUUCUUCUAAGCCCUGGAUCCGAUCCAACAUCGGAACUAAUGAAAUUAGCAGACAGAUAUGGCUGCGGAGGUGGCAGAUUUAAGUACCUAUCCCUUGGCCAGGGUCAAGAGCACACUGCAGUAGAAUUACUGCAAAUAGCAGUGUCUAGGGGCCAGUGGUUAAUGUUUCAAAAUUGCCAUUUGCUAUUAAGUUUUACCAGAGAUCUGGAGAAACUAUUAGAGAAUGUUGGUCUACCUCAUCCUGACUUCCGAUUGUGGCUUACAACCGAUCCCACCCCUAAUUUCCCGAUUGGAAUAUUGCAGCAAUGCUUGAAAGUGGUCACGGAACCGCCCAGUGGGCUGAAAUUGAAUCUCGAGAACACUUAUUUAAAUAUGAGUCCUCACGUGCUUGAAAGUUGCCAACAUCCUGCAUACAAACACCUGAUUUACGUGUUAGCCUUUUAUCACGCAGUUGUCCAAGAAAGACGGAGAUACGAUAAAAUAGGGUGGAAUAUACGUUACGACUUCAACGAGUCGGAUUUUAACGUCUGCGCUACUAUUUUAGAUACUUACUUGACAAAAGCUCUUGCAGCGAAUGACACCAGAAUCCCUUGGAACAGCCUGAAGUAUCUGAUAGGAGAAGUAAUGUACGGAGGACGCGUGAUAGACAGUUACGAUCGCCGAGUGUCUCACACUUACAUGGACGAAUAUUUCGGGGAUUUCCUCUUCGACGUUUUUCAACCGUUCCACUUCUAUCAUGACGAGAGUGUCGAUUACGUGAUACCAGCAGAAGGGGAGUACGACGAUUAUAUCGCGUACAUCGCGGAGCUACCGUUGGUGAAUAGUCCAGAGGUAUUUGGACUACAUCCAAACGCCGAAAUUGGGUAUUUCACCCUAGCGGCAAAAGAAAUAUGGAGCCACCUUAUAGAAUUACAACCGCAAGCUGAGGUAACUGAGACUGGAAUAAGUAAAGAAGAAUUUAUCGACAACAUCGCUAAGGAAAUAUUGGACAAAGUUCCUGUGGAGUUCGAUCUUGUCAGAAUUAGAAAGAACUUCGGGCCGAUGAUAACUCCAACCGCGAUUGUUCUUUUCCAAGAGUUGGACAGGUUCAAUAAACUAAUUAUCAUGAUGAAAAGAACCUUAACGGAUCUUAGAAAGGCUAUUGCCGGCGAAAUCGGAAUGGACAUGACCCUCGAAAGUAUAUCAGCGGCAUUAUUCAAUGGCAUAUUACCACAAGAGUGGGCUAGAUUAGCGCCAGAUACAAGAAAGACCUUGGCUGGAUGGAUGGAACACUUCGAGAAAAGAAUAAAUCAGUAUAGCAACUGGUCUGGUGCUAAUGAGCCUAUAGUCGUUUGGCUAGCAGGUUUGCAUAUCCCGGAGACUUAUUUAGCUGCCCUUGUGCAAAUGGCUUGUCGUAGAAACAGUUGGUCUCUGGAUCGUUCUGUCAUAUACACGACAGUAUCGAGGCAUACUAGGCCCGAUAAAAUAGAAGAACGACCUGACCAGGGUUGUUACGUAAGCGGACUGUAUUUGGAGGGUGCUAGAUGGGACGUGCAAGAACAAUGCCUCAAGAUGUCGCAUCCCAAAGUUUUAGUUGAAGAAUUACCAGUACUCGUCAUCAUUCCAGUGGAAGCUCAUAGACUCAGGCUUCAAAAUACUUUUGCAACACCAGUGUAUACUACAUCGAAUCGACGGAACGCUAUGGGGGAGGGUAUGGUCUUCGAAGCGAACCUCACAACGACAGAACACACUUCCCAUUGGGUAUUACAAGGGGUGUGUUUGAUAUUAAAUACAGACUAGCAUUAAUAAUUAUUAUAGCAUUCUAUUGUAGUAGCUUAGUAAUUAUCAACGAAUAAUUAUAGUUUGUAAAGAUGUUUGUAAAGAAUCGAUAUAAAAUAUCAAGGGGCGCGGUAACGGCCCGAAGGCAAGUUCGAGCCUUGUCAGGUGGCAGUAUGGCCGUCGGGCACCGCGUACCCUUAUAUACUUCUAAAUUCGA